CCUUUGAUACGACGUUAAACCAUUAGUUAGGGGGAACCCUCCCAUCGUAACGCUCAUGGUAUGAAAGGGAAGCGUUAGUGCACAGGUACUUGCAUCAUGAAAGGACUUAUGCUUACUGUGAUGCGUUACACCAUCUACUAAGAUACUAAGAAACCAUACCAACGCAAGGAUGAGAAGGAUGUUAAAUUCAGUGGUGAGCCGAUGUGGGGCACUGUUUAAUCAACGCUAUCACUCAACGUCAGUUAUUGAGGACUUUGAUAUCAGGGGAGUCCGACCUUUCGAGGAAAUCCCUGGUCCCGGGGGCAUCUACAAUACACCAAUCAUUGGGCCAGCCUUCCACUUUCAACCAUUCUCCAAACACCCCACAGAGAAAGUCCAUCACCUGUUCAAUGAGCUGAUUGAUAAGCAUGGGUCGCUUGUACGGAUCAAGUUAGGCAAGUGGUGCGUGCUUGUUGAGGACGCUGCCGAUAUUGAAGCUGUGAUGAAGAACGAGGGAAGGUACCCUAUGAGAGAUGGUCAUCUGAUUCAUGAACUGUACUGCGAAAAUUCGGAACUCAGUAAAGGGCUCAUUCUCCUACAAGGUAAGGAAUGGCACAACUUCCGGAGUCCUUUGAAUGCGCAGAUGAUGCGCGUCCGAUCGGCCCAGCACUUCUUGUCAAUCCAGAACGAGGUUGCAGACGACCUAGUCACGCGGAUAAAGCAGGACCGGUUUACUCCGCAUGAAAUGUCAGAGAUGUUUUUUAAGUACGCUUGUGAAAGCAUUAGCGUCGUUGCCUUCAACAAGCGUUUAGGCUAUCUGAGACGUGACGUCGACAUGUACCCCGACAAGCUGCAGUCUCUGAAGGAUAUCCGAGACAUGUUUCGCAUCUUCAAUGAAUGUCUCUACAUUCACCCGUUCGUGUUGAGAAACUUUCCCCUUAAAGUCAAGGAUGACUACAAAUCGGCGGUGGACAGACUUGUUCGUCUGGCCAAGGACCAUUAUCACGGCACGCUAGAGGACAUCAGACAGCGCCAAGCUGCCGGCACACUCGACCCCCAGGAGAACAACUUGAUGCUGUCUCUGCUGAUGUCCAACAAGCUGACAGAAGAUGACAUGGGAGCUAUUGCCCUCGACCUGUUCAGCGGAGGAACAGAUUCGACUGCCCGGAUGAUACAGAUGCUGCUCUACGUCCUGGCCCGCCAUCCCGACAAGCAGGAGAGGUUGUACCAGGAGGUGCAUGACGAGCUCGGCCCCUCCGGACCCAUCACUGUCUCUGCCCUCAAGAGCAUGAAGUAUCUCCCCGCGUGCGUGAAGGAAUCGUUCAGGUUGUACCACCCUGUCCUGACGGGGACCCAACGGUAUUUGCCGAGAGACAUCAUUCUUCAGGGAUUCAGGAUCCCAGCAGGGACAUCUGUGAUCAUGAUGAACCAGAAAGCCGCCAAGAAUAAGAAGUAUUUUCCGGAACCGGAAGUAUAUCUGCCUGAACGGUGGCUGCGAGACGCUAGCGGCAAGAGAGUGACCCCAAUCCCACCAUCCGUCUUACUUCCGUUCGGCUUCGGUCAGCGACAGUGUGUUGGGAAGAGGUUCGCCGAACAGGAAAUCUACCUUGCUGUAUCGAAGAUAAUACAGACCUUUGAAGUAUCACUUGAACCGGGCUAUGAAGAGAUUGAUGUUCUGUAUGAAAUCUUCAUCCGCCCCAAGGAACCGAUCAGAUUCGUCUUCAAGGAAAGGAAAUGAUUGGCCAGUACUUGCGUUCAAAUUACGAUUGGUUCAAAUUGCAAAGCUGCUUUUGGUAUGGCUUAAUCUGCAACCAUUUGUGUCAAUUUUUAAACUAAAAUGUGUAGUAUCAAUGAAAACAUCAUUGACUUGACAAUUAUUAUAUUACACUGUAAACACCGUGACUAUUCAAUAUACAUACGAUACAGGUAUCUUCUAGUAACACAUUAAAGGACGAGGAAGGAUAAUGGCCAAUUUAUGUCAAAUUAGGAAGUAACAGAGAACGUGGUGUGAAAACUAUCUGACAUUUUCGAAUAGCUGGACAAUAGUUGUUUCCUUUUUUACAUGUGUUUUUUCUGACAUGGAAAAAUGCUUAAGUAUGGCUAUUAUGAGUGCAAACAAAUAUAAAAAAACAGUUUGAUCUAAACUUACUUAACUCUCCUGAAAAAGUCAAAAGUGUUAUGAUCAAAUAUCAAUAAAAGACGCGUCCUGAAAACAUCGAAAGCAGCCUUUUAGCCACAAUAAUACAUUUGAUGUUUUAUGUAAAAAACAAAACAUGCAUGGCGUGAAAUGACCAAGAAUCUUUGCAAACAUGGCCAUAUGUGUUUUUAUAACAAUAUCGAAAGGUUUUACCCAUCCCUUAAAUUAUGCAGAUCAUAUGUCAAUUAUGAUGAUGAUGGUGAUGAUGAUGAUUAUUAUGAUGACUAGGUGACGUCGAUUGUGUUACUUGUCAUGGAAAGAGAGUGAUUUUGCUUUACUUUCUGUAUUUGUUUUUGUCCUGCAAAUAUGGCAAAUGAUUUUAAACCAAAGUGAUUGCAUCUAUCUCCAACAUGCUGCCCCAUGUUUGGUAAUCAUGGACUGAGUAUUAGCAUCUUCACAGUGAGGCUUUGUUAACUCCGAGAAAUACAGCGAGAUAUCAGUAGUUCGGGACAAAGGGGACACAUCGCCUUGAAAGAUAUUACGGACUAAUGGAGUUCGACACAAUGAGGUGUGAUUGUGUACAUGGCAUAGGGACACAGAAUAUAGAAAACAGGAAUUGGGUUCUCUGUCACUUUCGUCAACUAAUAUAUGUAACUUGCAUCAUCAAAUUUCGAUCCCGUGAAGAUGUCGUGUCAGAUACGGUCCCCACUACCUCAUGCUGAGCAGAAUAGAAUAUGAGCUCAGGUUCUCUGCAUUAUUUAUCGUUUCAUACUCAGAAAAAAGCGUUCAUAACGAACACCUGACGGAUAUGACGAUCUUAUUUGUUGCUCCCGGCCGUUUGAUGUAUUUUUGUUGAAUAUAUAUGCUUAUUUCGAACUACGGUUAUAACAAACAAAAAUUAGUGGCCCCUUUGAGUUCGUGAUUACCGUAGUUUACUGUAUUCCGUGUCAUGUUUCAUUUUAUUUAUUAUCGUCUGUAUUUCGUCCAGCCUAAAGCGUGUGUCUGUACUAUUAAGUUUUCUUUAAACAAUCCUUGUUGACUUUUAAACUGAUGACUCAGCUUUUAUGAUGAAUAAUGAAUACUUGUAUUGUACAAAUAUACUACUCUAUUUUUCUAUUCUGAGGGAGGUGGUGGGACUGAAAAUGACUAAUUGCUUGAUACAAAAAGUGUUCAAUAUUGCCAUCGGAUCGACACAUUUUCAGCUUCGGUUCAAAUGAAAAAGAAGCAUAUUUAUUAUAUACACGUGCAAAAGUUUCUAUCCUUUGGUUCCUAAUCAAAUGUUGAGUAGCAUAUAUUGGUCAAUCGAAAGAUAUUAGCGGAAAUUGUAGUGUUUUCAAUCUAAUGAUGGUCAACAUGUGAGUAUUUUACACACAGUCAACUGGGCACAGAUAUAUACCUGACUUGAUAGUCUACCCAACAAUCAGAUUGAUUUGUCGCUAAAUCUCUGUGCAUCGAUGUUGAUGUUCUCUGUAAUGAAAUUGUUAGCUUAUUAAAGGAUAUGUAAAAAAUGUUUCA